AUCCGGGAGGUGGGUCGGCGCGAGUCUUGCGUGUGCUGCCGCCGCAAGUGCUGCCCCGGUCGCCUCAGUCUCCUUGUUCCUGGCAGUCUGGGGCUGCCUUGCCAGCGUUAGCGGUGCGAGGGAAAGGAACGACAGACGGAGCGUACGCGCACGCGCUGGAGUCCCCGCAGUCCCAGCAGUUCUCUUAGCGCGGGUGGGCGGCUAGGGUCAGCAGCAGUCGGGGGAGGCCCUAGACGGCGCCAUGUCGGCGGGCGGCCCAUGCCCGGCAGGAGCGGGAGGGGGCCCCGGGGGCGCCUCCAGCGCCGUGGGGGUCUCCCCUGGCGGGGUAUCCAUGUUCCGGUGGCUGGAGGUGCUGGAGAAGGAGUUCGACAAAGCCUUCGUUGAUGUGGAUCUGCUCCUGGGCGAGAUCGAUCCAGACCAGGCGGACAUCACUUAUGAGGGGCGACAGAAAAUGACUAGCUUGAGCUCCUGCUUUGCGCAGCUUUGCCACAAAGCCCAGACUGUGUCCCAGAUCAACCACAAGCUAGAGGCACAGUUGGUGGAUCUGAAAUCUGAACUGACAGAGACACAAGCAGAGAAAGUUGUGUUGGAGAAAGAAGUACAUGAUCAGCUUUUACAGUUGCACUCUGUUCAGCUUCAACUUCAUGCGAAAACUGGUCAAAGUGUUGACUCUGGUACUAUUAAGGCAAAAUUGUCUGUCCCCUCUGUGGAGGAGCUGGAAAGAGAGCUUGAAGCAAACAAAAAAGAAAAAAUGAAAGAGACUCAACUUGAAGCUGAAGUGAAAUUAUUGAGAAAGGAGAACGAGGCCCUUCGUAGACAUAUAGCUGUUCUCCAGGCUGAAGUUUAUGGUGCAAGACUGGCUGCCAAGUACUUGGAUAAGGAACUGGCAGGAAGAGUUCAACAAAUACAAUUACUAGGACGAGAUAUGAAGGGACCUGCUCAUGAUAAGCUUUGGAACCAGUUAGAAGCUGAAAUACAUUUGCAUCGUCACAAAACUGUGAUCAGAGCCUGUAGAGGACGUAAUGACUUGAAACGACCGAUGCAAGCACCACCAGGCCACGAUCAAGACUCCUUAAAGAAAAGCCAAGGUGUUGGUCCAAUUAGAAAAGUUCUUCUCCUUAAGGAAGAUCAUGAAGGCCUUGGCAUUUCAAUUACAGGUGGGAAAGAACAUGGUGUUCCAAUCCUCAUCUCUGAGAUUCAUCCAGGACAACCGGCUGAUAGAUGUGCAGGGCUACAUGUUGGGGAUGCUAUUCUGGCAGUCAAUGGAGUUAACCUAAGGGACACAAAGCAUAAAGAAGCUGUAACCAUUCUUUCCCAGCAGAGAGGAGAGAUUGAAUUUGAAGUAGUUUAUGUGGCUCCUGAAGUGGAUUCUGAUGAUGAAAAUGUAGAGUAUGAAGAUGAGAGUGGACAUCGUUAUCGUUUGUACCUUGAUGAGUUAGAGGGAGGUGGUAAUCCUGGUGCUAGUUGCAAAGACACAAGUGGGGAAAUCAAAGUGUUACAAGGAUUUAAUAAGAAGGCAGUAACUGAUGCACAUGAAAAUGGAGACCUGGGAAGUUCGAGUGAAACUCAACUAGAUGACAGUGCUUCAAAAUUAGAUGAUCUGCACAGUCUAUAUCAUAAAAAACCCUAUUAAAUUGACUGUUUCUCCAGACAAGAUUGUUAAUGAGACUAUUCUGAGUUUGGGGCACUAGGGAAGAUGGUGACAAAGACUAUACAAGAUCAAUGGGGGCUUUUGGUUGCCUAAAUGAAAGGCGGGUACCUCAGGGCUUCAUGUGAACAAUUCUAAAUGCAUAAAACCCCCUCUUUUCUGUGGUAUACCAUAAUUAGCUAUCGCAUGUAAAGCAGUUUUGAUUUUCUUGAAAUUGUAAGCACCAAAGCAUGUGUUUCCCAAAGGGACAUUACUAGGCUCUUAAGUACCAAAUGAAGCACUCUUGUUUUAUUUGGUUCCUUUUCCAUUUAGUAGAAGGACAGUGCUAACUGGAAUUUUAUAAGAAAUAGCCAUUAAAUAUAAGAGAAAUGAAUUCAUAUUAUAUGUUCCAGAAUGUUAACUAUGGUGUUUCAAAGGACAGAACUUGACUCAACGAAUUGCAGGGUCAUAAGUUUGAAUUUAACUGAAGGAAUGAUUUAGGUUUUUUGGGUUUUUUUUAAAAAAAAAACCUGAUAUCUAAAUCUGAAUCAGUUCUUAAUAAUCAUUUAUUGUAAUAAAUUUGCCUAUCAGCUUUAUUCAAUGCAGUACAAAAUAGUUUUCUUUAAGCAAUCCUUUAUCAGUGCUGCACUAGAAAUAGUUUCUGAAAAGUGCUGUACAUUUUACUUUACAGGUUUUGUUUUGUUUUGUUUUUAAGAAGUGCAGAUGAGUGUAAAAUAGCUGUUCUCAAUUAUGUUGAUCUGUGUGCACGGUAUUGGAGCAUUACAGUAUUGAUAUUUAGUCUCAAGUGUUUGUUUUCUGGGAUCCACAAAAGAUGGUUUUAUACAUUUUGAGUUGUUCAUAAAAUUUCUUGUGAUAGUCCUGGCAGUUAGAGACAAACUUUUCUGGCAGUAAAAGCUCAAGUUUAUUACAAUGUUAUGAAAUACAUUGCAUUCAGACAUCAUUUUUUUAAGUAACUGAUUUGCCAAUCAUCUAAAAAGCUGGGGGCAAAGUUGGGCAAGAUGAGGUGAAGAUGUUUUGAUGCAGUAAUUGUUUUGGUUGGGUUUUCAUGUCAGUGUAUGUUUGACUAAAGUGCUUUUCAUAUGCAAACUCUAUGAAUUUGUUAGUUCUCUUCAUCCCAGAAUUAAGCAUGGAGUGCUGCCUCUUUCAUUUACUGUUCUUCAGGCCAUUGUAUCCUGCUGGGCAAAGUCAAAACAUUGCAUUUAAAGAGGUGAUAGUUUUGCUAAUAUCACUUUUAAAGGAUAUACAUUUAAGGGAAUAUUAAAUGGGAGAAAGCCUACAAGGCUUUUAGAAUAUUAUAAGUAUCUUCGUUUCUACUAUUCAGAUGUUAUGUGAUAAAACACAUUUUCUUGUCUGUCCCAGAUGCA